AUGUCGGAGAAGCAGCCAACUGAAGAAAACGAAAAGAGAAUUGAGAAGAAAACAUCUGACGAAACAGAGGAAAAACUUCCGAUGCCAAUUAUUCAACAAUCCAUUCGACAACUUCCGAAAAUUGAAAUUACUGACGAUGAGAAGGGCGAAAAACUGCCAGAAUGUAGUGAAGGAGAGUGGGAUGCGAGUGAUGAACCAUUUUCCGCUGAACUUCUUAAUGUUAAGAAUGCACCGAACAAGGUAUCAGUGUUCAGUGGUCCGUAUCGUUCGAAAGAAACUGUGGAAACCAUCAAAAAGAUCAAACCAGCAGUUCCCCAAGUGGCCCCAGUAUCGAUGAACGUCCGGACAAAUUGGCUCAAAUGA